CUGGGCCAGCAGUGAGGGAGAACGGCCCCUGCUCCUGUGAUUGCGGAGGAGACAGAAUUGCAAGAGGUACCCUGUUCCACUGGAGAAUCAAAACUAAACAGAGCUUUAUUUGACUUUAUUCUUCAGAAUCCAUGGUUUCACAACUUUCCUUUGACUGUGUCCUGCUGCUGCUGCUGCCAGUACUCACAGGAUCUUUGGAAGGGGCAUAUGUAGUGGAAGUGGGUCAGAAUGCUGUUCUGCCCUGCACCUACUCUGCAACCACUCCUGAGGAUCUUGUGCCUGUCUGCUGGGGCAAGGGAUUCUGUCCUGUGUUUGAAUGUUAUGAUACGUUGCUCAGCACAGAUGGAAGGAACUUGAAAUAUCAGACAUCCAACAGAUACCAGCUAAAGAGGAAUCUCCACAAAGGAGAUGUGUCCUUGACUAUAGAGAAUGUGACUCUAGCUGACAGUGGGACCUAUUGCUGCCGGAUCCAAUUCCCAGGCCCAAUGAAUGAUAAAAAAUCAAACUUGGAGUUGGUCAUCAAACCAGCCAAGGUCACCCCUGCUCGGCCUACACGCAGAGACUUCACUACAGCCUUUCCAAGGAUGCUCACCACCAAGGGAUAUGGCUCAGAGAUACAGACGCUGGGGACCCUCCAUGACAAAAAUCAAACUCAAAUACCCACAUCGGCUGAUGUGUUGCAAGACUCAGCUGCGACCACCAGAACAGACAUCUACAUUGGAGCAGGGGUCUCUGCUGGGCUGGCUCUCAUUCUUAUCAUUGCUGCUUUAACUCUCACAUGGUGUUCUUACAGCAAAGAGAAGUUACAGAAGUCAAGCCUCGUCACUUUGGCCAACGUCCCUCCCUCAGGGCUAGCAAAUAUAGCAGCAGAAGGAAUGCACUCGGAGGAAAACAUCUAUAUCAUUGAGGAGAAUAUAUAUGAAAUGGAAGAUCCAUAUGAAUACUACUGCUAUGUCAGCAGGGAGCAACUAUCUUGAAAACCCAGAGGUCUAACCCUUUAAUGCCACCAGAUCCCACUACUUCAUUUUUGAGUGUGGUAUCAUUGUGAAAGCUAUGAUAUGUGUCAGCAGACUGGUUUUAGAGGCCCUGUCCAUGGUCACCAAGCAGAGUUUUUACAUUUUCUGGAGAUAAUUAACUCACAUAGGGAUGGAACUGUGUCCUGCACUGUACUUAGGUACAACAUUACCUCUGUAUUUCAACCAGCAGGGCUACCCAAUUCAGAGAAUGCUAAUUCAGAGACAACAUUAGAGCUCAAAUGGGCUUUUAUACAGAGUAGGAAUUUUUUUUUAAUGUUUAUUCAUUUUUG